AGAGAAGACAGACCGACCAACCAACCAACCGACAGACCGACCGAUCGUGACCGACCGACCGACUGACCAACGAAGCUGAGCUCACCUCUGCAAUUCAGAAGACCCUUCCAAGGACGACAGAAAAAUGAGCUACACCGGAGACAAGAAGCCCCUUCCCCCAUAUGCGGGACCCCCUGCAGAUCCCGAGGCUGACUUCAAGGACCUUACCGCUCACCAAAAGAAAGUGAGGAAUGGACUUGUAGUGGGGGCCGUGUCUCUCGUCCUGCUGGUGAUCGGAGCCACCCUGCUGGGCGUGUAUCUGUCCAGGGACGCCAACAACAUACUCACGACCAACCGUAAGCUGAAGUACGAGGGAAAGGUCAUCGAAGAGAAGAUAGAGGUGGAUGUCAACUUGAAGACUGAGACUUUCUACACCAAGAGUGAGGACAGAGAGACUGCCAUCAUGUAUGACACCAAAAAUGAACUGGCUGCAUACAAGUUUUCCGGCCUCCACAUUUGUUUCAUCGUCGAGGACAACACGUACAGUGAAGAGGCUGCCGAGCAACUGGCAAAUGAUGUGAAGAACGAAGAUGAAGAGGACCGAGUAGAGGAGGCAGAGUCCGGCGGGGGACUGAACCUCACCCUGGAUGAAAGUCGCGGAAAGGUCGACAAGUCAAUCCUGAGCGAGAACAUGCGCGACUUCUGCAAGAGCCAUGAAGUCUACUGGGCCAACAUUCGCCAAGUUCCCUCGGCAUCGGACAGCGCGCCCGCAGCUGCUGAUGACGGUGCAAAGAGGCGUAAGAAGCGACGCAGCUGCUACCACUACAGAUGUGAUUGUGUUUACUAUUGGUGGUGGCAUCGCUGCUUCUACUCCUGCCGCUACUACCCGUGCCGUUCGUAUCCAUGGUGGGGCAAGUAAAGUCAUUUAACCCAGGACGUAACUAGCCUCUACCAGGAGUUAAGAGUAGCUAGAGACUUGCGACCAACAAAGCGUGAUAUCUUGAAAUAUCAAGAUAUCAAGCCGGGGGAGUUGGUUUCGGGUGCGGCAAACUGUACUCUCUUGCGGACCAGCUCCCCUGGAAUGUUAUGUCUCUGUUUAGCCAGCCAAUUUCUACUCUUUCCAGCGGUAUCCUGAAGCCUGGUAGAGGCUAGGAUGUAACAUUUACUUUCUUGUUAGAAUAACGGUUACGAUUUAACUAUUCGAAAUCUUACUGUGGUCAUGGGAUAAUGCAAUGGAUUGUAGUCAUAGAAAAACAGAAAAGCCACAUUUUGCUAUACUGUCUGUGACUUCAGUAGUGUCUGUUUUAGAUGUCAGGUGAAAGAAGAACUUUCAACAGCUACUAAACAUAGUACAUAAAGAAAAGGGUAUGAAAAUUAACAUCCUAAUAACUGAACAUCAAGAAAUAAAUUAGAUACUGUGUACAUCAAGUAGGGCUAGCUUCGGCAUUUUUUGGUAAUCACUAAACAGUCUUUUAUAUAUUCACCUAUUUCUGCAUUGUAAGAGUUGCUAAAGUAUAACUUUCAGAAAAUUUUCUUCCUUUUUUCGCAAGAGGCUAGAUAUCGCUAUCCACUAUAUUUGUAUGGCAGUCGGCACAGAAAUGCUAUACUAUUUGAUAGUUAUGUCCAUGUAAAAUUUUACUUUCGUUGUUAUUUUUAACUUUACGUUAUCAGAUAGAGCAACUUAAAGUAUUCUAUCAGGUGUGACCAAACAUUCCCAGUUUUUGUUAAUAAUCUUAUAUUUUGUCAUUAGACUUCGGCGAAGAGUACGCAAGAGAUGAAAAAGCUUCUUGUUGUGGGAAAACACUUGUAUAUGUCAUAGAUAAUUGUUAUUGUUUUCAUGUGUACAAGUGUAUAAUCUAAGUUGUAGACGCUUUGUUCAAGCUAUUGAUUAGAUUCAUUCACGUACAGCAUUUUUUAAAACUGGAAGCAUAAAAGGAUAAGAUUACAUGUACUUGGUGAAAAAGGUUCAAGUUUUCAAGUUUGGGGAUGUCUCCUUCAAUAAAAAUGGUGAAGGAUUACGAAACGAGA